UAAAGGAAAUAAACCCAUAGAAUCUGAAUAAAACCGCUUGAUUAUCUAAUUUGUUGCGCAACCAAGUGUCGGGAGACUGGAGCGCUUCGAGGGACGAGCGUAAUUCGAUUCGAAUCCGGACAUCAACAGGUGCGACGCCGGAAAUGGGCGAAGUGAAGGAUUGGCGGCCUUUCGUUUACGGCGGAGUUGCCUCAAUCACGGCGGAAUUUGGCACCUUUCCCAUCGACACUACCAAGACGCGCCUCCAAAUCCAAGGUCAGAAAAUCGACCAAACGUUCUCCCAGCUGCGAUAUCGCGGCAUGACCGAUGCCUUUGUAAAAAUCUCCCGCGAGGAGGGACUGCGGGCCCUCUAUUCCGGCAUUUGGCCAGCGGUUCUAAGGCAGGCGACCUAUGGCACCAUCAAGUUCGGGACCUACUACACACUGAAAAAGCUCGCCAACGAGCGUGGAUUGCUUACGAAUGAGGAUGGCAGCGAGCGGGUGUGGAGCAACAUCCUGUGCGCGGCAGCGGCAGGUGCCAUCUCCUCGGCGAUCGCCAAUCCCACCGAUGUGCUGAAGGUGCGGAUGCAGGUGCACGGGAAGGGUCAGCACCAGGGCCUGCUGGGCUGCUUUGGCGAGAUAUACAAGUACGAAGGCGUACGAGGACUUUGGCGGGGAGUGGGUCCGACGGCUCAGCGAGCCGUGGUCAUCGCCUCCGUGGAGCUGCCCGUCUACGACUUUUGCAAGCUGCAGCUGAUGAACGCCUUCGGAGAUCACGUGGCCAAUCAUUUCAUCUCGAGUUUUAUUGCUAGUCUGGGCAGUGCCAUUGCCUCAACCCCCAUCGAUGUUAUACGGACACGCCUGAUGAACCAGCGACACGUGAGCAUAACGAUGAACGGAGUGGUCACGGCGGCAGCAACACCAAAGUUGUAUAGCGGGAGUCUUGACUGCGCCGUGCAGACGAUCAGAAACGAAGGACUUCUCGCUUUAUACAAAGGAUUUAUCCCGACCUGGGUGAGGAUGGGUCCCUGGAACAUAAUAUUCUUCAUAACGUACGAACAACUGAAGAAGUACUAGCGCGGGCGAGUGGAACGUCCAGGGAAUCCAAGUACAAGACGUAUUCUAGCAUCCAAACCAAAAAGAUCAGAUCUGCUGCCAGACCUGGCUUUAACUUUAAGAUCAUAGUUCAAAUGGAGGGGUCACUAAAGUGCCUGUCUCACACUGGCUAUUCGAUAGCCUCCAACCUGCUCCAGUGUCAUUUUGCCUUGGGCAAUGGAAAAACGAUUCGUCGCAUUUUUAAAUGUUGGCGUAUUCAAGUAUUUGCAUUUUUGGCGAAUUGUUUUGCUCUGGCCUGGUCGUUGCGAAUUCGUUUGCCCAUCGGGCCACCCACGAAGUACACUCGAUUUACCUUAUCUAAGCUUUUAAUUUAAUUACUUUCUUAGUGAACAUGAAAAUAUUUAUAAUUUGCAUUUGUAUUAGAAGCGCAUUUUGUUGGUUCGAAGCUAAGACAUUUUCGAUCGUAUUACAUGUGCGUCAUCACUGUAAAUAUAUGCAUUUAGUAAUAUAUGCCCUGUUUUACUAAAUACAGAAUGUACAUUUAUGCAAAUUUACUCAAUAAACUGUUUGUUGGAAAUCUCAA